AUGUGCAGCUACAUCAAAUGGGGCUGUUUGACAACCAUCCAGUUGGAUCGUAUACUCAUCGGUUGUAAUCAAAUACUUCGUGGUACGGGAUCGUGGAGGAGUCAUGCUGCUCUUCUUGAGAAUCUCAGUGUUUUGAAAAAUUGCCUUUCAUACACUCAACUCGCUGACACCUUCAUUCCCGUAUUGCAAAAGGAAGUCUUACAAGCGCGUGCAAUUCCCUGUCGAGUAGCUGCUGUUAAUACUUUGCUUCAAUUUAUGAGAGAACAACCAGAAAAGAAGAAGCGAGAAGAAACUAUUGAUUUUUUCAAAAUAGAAGUUGCUGGACAUUCAUGUUGUUAUCGGAGGAUGGUGUAUCUUGAUGUAGUAGUGAAUGUGCUAAAUCUCUUCAGUCGGAAAUUCUUCAUAAAUUAUUUCCUUGAGAAAAUGCUAGCGCUGAUUCAGGACAAGGUAUCCAAUAUCAGAAUCAGAACCAUACGACUUCUACCCCUUGUCAAAAAGCAUCUCAUACUUCCAAAUGACGACGCUGUCCUCUUGACAUUGGAGAAGGCUGUUCGGGAAGCGCUUGCCGCUGAGAAGGAUUCUAGAAACCGACAGUUUCUACAAACCGCCGCAUGUGAGUUGUCCAGGACAGAAACAAGAUCAAAAGGUGACAAGGAAGAUGCAGCAAGGGAAAAAGAGGAGGAACAUUUGUGGAAUGAGGAGAGGUUAAAAGCAAAACCAGAAACAAAACAAGUACUUAGCCCGAAAAAUUCAAAAGCUGGACUUCCUUUGCCAAGGCCUCCGGCACAAGAUAAUUACCGCGCCAGAUCGCCAUGGAGGACUCAGCGCCGAGCUGUAGCUAUUGUCCGUCCUCAGCCAGUUGUGGUUAUGAGAGUUUAUGAAAAUUUUGAAAAGUCAAUAUUUUGGCAUGAAUACGAAUUUUUUGAACACUGA